GGCCGCUGUUGACCAGAGUGUUGAUGGCUGACAGUAGGGUUGCAACAGCAGCGUAUCUCACAUAAACGACGACAUAACGAGCACGGGGUACAACGAGAAAGAGCGAUAUUCUGGAUGCACAGAAUAUCUGAUGACAAAGACGACAUUUUUUUUAAUUUUCCGUUGUUCUGGGAGGAAUAUAACGCUAAAAGAUUGUUGUGUCUACCAGGAAUUGAUUUCACUUAAUGGAAUAUAUUUUCGCGUUGUGGAGCCUCGUUGAUAAAAUAGGAGGGUAGAACAAUGAAAGGGACUGCGCUGUUGUGUUUUGCUCUCCUUUCCUUUGGCUCGGUAACUGGACAGGUCAGCUAUACAAUAGCGGAGGAAAUGACUAAAGGAUCGUUAGUCGGUAAUAUAGCACAGGAUUUAGGUUUACAAAUCAAACGUUUAAUAUCAGGUAAAGCUCGAAUUUAUACCCGAGACAGCGAUCAGUACGUCGAGCUGAACAGAGAAAGAGGAGUCCUCCUCGUUAAAGAAAGGAUCGACAGAGAGGCGCUGUGCAGACGGACGACACCGUGUGCUCUACAUUUUCAGAUCAUUUUGGAGAAUCCGAUGGAAUUUUAUACGGUUACAGUGCAGAUCACAGAUAUCAAUGACAAUGCACCAACCUUUGAGAAAACAGAGAUGGAGUUUAAAAUUAGUGAGUCGGCGGUAACUGGGGCAAAAUUUGUUCUGAAAAGGGCUGUGGAUGUUGAUGUUGGCACCAAUGAUCUUCAAAGGUACGAACUAAAACCAACUGACAAUUUUGCACUGAAAAUGCAUAAUAAUGCUGAUGGAAAUAAAAACGUUGAGAUGGUACUGCAGAAACCUUUAGACAGAGAGAAACAAGAGCAGAUCUCUCUCGUGUUAACAGCUGUAGAUGGAGGAGAGCCACAGAUGUCAGGAACAAUGCAGAUUCUCAUUACAGUUUUAGACGUUAAUGAUAAUGCUCCAGUUUUUACACAGCAAACAUACAAAGCUACAGUCACUGAGAAUUCACCUAAAGGAACAGUCGUUGCUACUGUUACAGCGUCAGACGCAGAUCAAGGCUCUAACAGCAAAGUAACGUAUUCAAUCACAAAUACUUUAGAUAAUAUCAGGGAUGUCUUUAAUAUAAACCAGGAGAAUGGCGAAGUGACUUUAAUUGGCAAUAUUGACUUUGAGGAGUCACGAAAUUUUCAAAUAAAUUUACUUGCUAGUGAUGAUGGUGGACUAACAGACUCUUCUAGGGUUAUUGUUGAUGUUCUCGAUGUCAAUGACAACAAACCUGAAAUUAGCAUAAUGACGAAGGCGACCGUGAUUUCAGAGGAUGCUAAACUCAAUACAGUCGUUAUGAUGAUAAAUAUCGAAGAUAAGGACUCUGGAGAAAAUGGAAAAGUUUAUUGUUCAGUAAGCGAAAAUAUACCGUUCAUGUUAAAAAAAUCUACAAAUAAUUUCUAUAAUUUAAUAACAGACAGUGAUUUAGACAGAGAGAUAUCCUCUAAUUUUAAUAUCACUGUGAUCUGCUCUGAUGAGGGAGUGCCCUCCCUCUCCAGCAGUGUCACUCUCACCUUACAGAUCUCAGACGUUAAUGAUAACGCACCUGUCUUUGAGAGGAGCUCAUAUAAGGCCUACAUUGUAGAAAACAACACGCCAGGUCUCUCUAUAUUCACAGUCAAAGCCACAGACGCUGACUGGAACCAGAAUGCCCGUGUUUCUUACAUACUGGAGGACUCCUCCGUUAACGGAGUGCCAGUCUCCUCAUAUGUGUCCGUUAGUGCUGAUAGUGGAGUCAUCCAUGCAGUGCGCUCUUUUGACUACGAGCAGAUCAAAGAUUUCCUCUUCCGCGUAAAAGCACAGGAUGGAGGCUCUCCUCCACUCAGCAGCAAUGUGACUGUGAAAAUAAUGAUCCAGGACCAGAACGACAACCCCCCUCAGGUUCUGUACCCAGUCCAGACUGGUGGCUCUCUGGUGGCUGAAAUGGUUCCUCGUUCAGCAGAUGUGGGCUAUCUGGUGACUAAAGUGGUAGCUGUUGAUGUGGACUCUGGACAGAAUGCCUGGCUCUCCUAUAAACUGCAGAAAGCCACAGACAGGGCGCUGUUUGAAGUGGGCUUACAGAAUGGAGAAAUCAGAACUAUCCGCCAAGUCACUGAUAAAGAUGCUGUCAAACAAAGACUGACUGUUAUAGUGGAGGACAACGGGCAGCCCUCUCGUUCAGCUACAGUCAUUGUUAACGUGGCGGUGGCGGACAGCUUCCCUGAAGUGCUGUCGGAGUUCACUGAGUUGACACAUGACAAGGAGUACAAUGAAAACCUGACUUUUUACUUAGUCUUGGCUCUGGCUGUAGUUUCCUUCCUCUUCGUCACGUGUUUAGUGGUUAUCAUAUCAGUCAAAAUCUACAGGUGGAGACAGUCUCGCAUCCUAUACCACUCCAACCUCCCUGUGAUUCCAUAUUAUCCACCACGUUACGCAGACACUUUGGGCACAGGGACUCUGCCACAUGUGUACAAUUACGAGGUGUGCAGGACGACUGACUCCAGAAAGAGUGACUGUAAGUUUGGCAGAGCUGGUAGUCAGAACGUGCUGAUAAUGGACCCCAGUUCUACAGGAACGAUGCAGCGGAUACAGAGUGAAAAGAGCAUCCUGGAUGAACCAGACUCUCCUCUGGAGGUCAGUUAUAAAUCUGGUUUCACAGCAUGUUAA